AGUGAAAAGCUUUUGUUAUAUGAUACAGUCCAGAGUGAGCUUGAGGAGAAGAUAAGAAGGCUUGAGGAGGACAGGCACAGCAUCGACAUUACCUCAGAGCUGUGGAAUGAUGAGCUUCAGUCAAGAAAAAAGAGGAAGGAUCCUUUCAGCCCCGACAAAAAGAAGCCAGUUGUCGUUUCAGGCCCAUAUAUAGUUUAUAUGCUGCAGGAUCUUGAUAUUCUUGAGGACUGGACAACAAUUAGGAAGGCAAUGGCUACACUGGGUCCACACCGUGUUAAGACCGAACCACCUGUGAAACUGGAAAAACAUCUGCACAGUGCUAGAUCUGAAGAGGGAAGACUGUAUUAUGAUGGUGAAUGGUAUAUUCGUGGACAAACAAUAUGUAUUGAUAAAAAAGAUGAAUGUCCUACAAGUGCUGUAAUUACAACAAUUAACCAUGAUGAAGUUUGGUUUAAGAGGCCUGAUGGAAGCAAAUCUAAGCUUUACAUUUCACAGCUACAGAAAGGAAAAUACUCAAUUAAACAUUCGUAAUCACAAUUUAAGUGUUAUCCAAAUCUACCUUAUUAGUGUUACCAAGUGUAAUGUGCCAUGGGAGCCAAGAAAAUGUAUUCAGCAUCGUAAUAUCUUCAUCCAGUCAGGAGAGAAUGUGUCUUUUAGGUAGUACUUUCAGUAGACCCCAUAUUGGUAAGUCAUUAAGAAAAAUAGUGAUAAAAUUUAAUCAUGACUAUCACAUUUAUUUGCCUCUUAGGUUCAGUGGCCAACAGAUAUAUUUGGUAGGUAUUUUUUUCUCAGUUUUGUUUCAUUUUGUAUUUUAAUUAUGUGAGUGUAUCUCAUCUUUUAGUGAACUACAAACUACAGUUACCUGCAAUUUUAAAAUUUCCACACUGUUGUCAUUCAUUGUGUUUGUAAAUAAGACUGAUGAAAUAUUUCCUAUACAUGAUUUGUAUUAGUGUAUUAGUUUAAAUAAGAAUUGAAAUUUAUACAUAUGUCUGUGAGUAUGUAUAUAUGAUGUCAUCAGCUUACUUAGAACUGGCGGCCCAACUGUACAAUCUUGUUUUACCCCAAAUUAAACUGUUGGGUUUGAGAAGUAAAGGGAGCACUUUUAUAGACUGGAUUUCCCUCUCUUCUUCCUUGAUGGUGACUUCUUUUCCCAAUCAUAUUUGAGGUUGACUAGCAGCAUUGUGUCACAUGUGACCACACUGCUGCCUGUGUUUACUAGAGCUUUUGGAGGGCAGGUGUCCCCACAUUGUUUUGAUAAUGCCCAGUAUCAGUGUGAGCAGUAGGUGGCAGUAUUGUGGUGCUUUCUGCACAUCUGAACUUUUGAAGAUUUUUAGUAAGCAUUUUCCAGAGGCAAAACUAGAUCCUUAUUCUAAUUUUAUUGCUAGGGUGAAAUAGAUGUGGGCACUUCCUUUGAAUCUAGCUGACCUCCCCCGCCCCCAAAUUAGCAUUUCUUUAAUUUCCUGUGUUUUUAUACUUUAAGGCCAUUUGGUGCAAUUUAGAAAAUGUUGGCCUCCCUUCCCUUAGCCAUUUCAAAAUUAACUUCCAAAGCCUCUGGAACCAUGUAGAAAACUAAAGCCCACAACCUGGCAGCACGUUUGGCUAUAGUAUGAAUUUAGGGUACAACCAAAUCAAGUAUUCUGCUGGUCUCAUGCACUUUAAUUUCUGUUACAAUGGUAUUUAAGAAGACGAGGAGGAUUCACUUGUUAACACUCAGCGAAGGAGUCUCUGCAUGAUUCCGUUAGUUCCUUGUGAUUUUACCUCUGCAGAUAUCCUGUGCAGGUCACUACUUCACAGUUGCCAAAUUGUAACCUGUUUGACCUUUGAAAUUUAGUAUCAGCAACAUGUGCUGCUCUACUCUGAUCAACCUUAGUGGCUGUAUGUACUGUAUGCAAUUCAGGAGCAUUUGACAGUACUUAUAUACAUAUAUAUAUAUAUCUAUAUGUAUAUAUAGAUAUAUAUAUAUACAUAUAGAUAUAUAUGUAUAUAUAUAUGAUGUUUGAUAAACAUUUUUAAUGAGAUUUGUAUUUUUAAAUUUAGUAUGUAAUAAAAAGAAGUGUUUGAGUGUCAUUUGUGGUGCUGUGUGCUAUUUACUCAUGUUUAGUUUUUUUCCCUGUCCACUUCCGGGAGGAGUGGAGCCAGUUGACAUUAGUACAUCCACAGUGCUAUGGCUGCCCACACUUGUGCCUCUGGAGCAUGCGUAGGUGUUCAAGAACCUAAGUUAUACUUGACUAAAAAUAUACAUGCAGGUGUGUUAUACCUUAACAAGUGUACCCUGUUUUGAAAUUUUAACUGGAAAAAAAUUUAUAGACUUGUUUCUCAUGCUUACUGUGAGCACUUUAAUUUCUGUAUCAUGCUUACUAUUCUAUCAUCAUACUAAGACUCAGGUAAGCACAUGCUUGUCAGUGAUGUGAAUACUAUAAGAUAUUUUAUUACAGGCAGUUUUCCAGUUGUCUUUUUAUUAUUAUAAGAUUCCCUGGAGAAUCAUUGGGAACCCUGUGAUGUGCCAGCUGCUGCCAUGGCUAUGUUUAUGAUCAGUUUCUGCUGUUAGUUUCUGGGACUUUUCUACCAUAGCUCCUUGUUCAUGUUGAAUUUGCCUUGCCCUGUCAUCUCACACUUAAAACAAAAGGUCCCAACAAUUUGCUGGCAAUAAUUACCAGCAAAUGUUAAUGGAUUAUGCUUCAUUUAGCCCCUUUCUCCUGGCUCAUAUUGGUGGACUGGGCACUGAAUGUUCUUGCUAGGUGUGGUGGCACAUUCCUGUGACUUUAGCACUCGGGAGGCAGGGACAGGAGGAUCAGAAGUUUAAUGUCAGAGUUGGAUACAUAGUUUGAGACUGGCCUGGGCUCAAACAACCAGUACAAGGUUGUUUCAAACCAAUAAACUGAAAAAUAAAUAAAAUGGAAAUCAUAUUUUGAAAUUUAUUACCUAGGAUUUUACUUACAGAGCCAUCAUGUACCUUGCCCCUCUUUGGUAAUUGUUUAAAAAGAAUAGGGAAGUUGGUUGUUGUUUCUAGGACUUACUUUGUAAGCAAGUCUGUUGUAAACUAGAGUGACAAUGCACUUUUAAGGAAAGUGGGAUUGAAUAAGGGGUGAAUGAAUAUAUCAGCUGGGAUUGUUGUAGUUUCUUGCCAACUUGAAAUGUAAGCUAUUGUAUUUUGAAAGAUGCAGAGAUGUAAACUACUAAAAAGCACCAGAAAGUUCAGAAGACAGGCAAAGAAGAAGAGGCAUGUCUCUUCUCUUUAUGGAUGGAACCCGCAGAGACCCAUGGCUGGUGUACUGUCUCUGACCUGUGAGAAGUCUCCGUUGUCACAGUGGGCCAGCAUCUUGCCCUUUCCUAGCCUCCUACUUUUUUUUUUUAAGAUUUAUUUUUAAAAACACUCAUUCAUGUGUGUCUGUUCCUGUGUGAGUAAAUCUCACAUGUCUAUGUGUGCUAGUCAUUAGAGCAUUGGAUCUUUGGAGCUGGAAUUGAAGGCAUUUGUGAGCCACCAGAUGAGAGAGCUGGGAACCAAACCUGGCUCCUCUGGAAGAGCAGCAAAUGCUCUUAAACACCAAUUCAUCUCUUUCAGUCCCCUUCUAGGUUCUUUCUAGACCAUGUAUUUUGUCACUCUGACCAAUUUAUUGGAACAGGGCGGUAGCCAGUGAUUUAAAAAAAAAUAGUAAUUUGAGUGCCUUCCAUGUAUUACAUUUGUGUUUAAUGUAUAAGCUGAAAAUUACUAAUUUUUGAAUGUUCAAAACAAAUAAAAAUGCAAGAAUUCUGACUA